AUGCCAGAAAUCGCUGAGGUCGCCAGGGUUGUUCACUUCAUUCGAAAGACGCUAGUUGGAAAAACUCUUCGAGUAGUUAAAGCACAAGAUGAUGCCAAUGUUUUCGGCAAGGGAGGAACCUCGGCGUCCGAAUUCGAGACGGCCAUAGCAGGAAAAAAGAUUAUCAAUGCUGAUCAACAAGGAAAAUAUUUUUGGAUGGUCAUGUCUUCGCCUCCUCAUCCCCUUUUUCACUUUGGGAUGACAGGCUGGUUCUACAUUAGAGGCGAGCCUACUAUAAUGUAUCGUACCAUACCUUCAGAUAGUACAGAAACCUGGCCUCCGAAAUUCUGGAAAUUUAGCCUUGAAACGGACGGCAUAACCAAAGUCGAAGCAGCCUUCGCAGAUGCUAGACGCUUUGGUCGAAUACGACUCCUAAAUUGCGAUAAGGAUGAGAUUAGAAAAGUCUCCCCUCUAAAAGAAAACGGACCCGAUCCAAUUAUUGACAGAAAUAUUGUGACGGAAAGCUGGUUAGCAACAAAAUUGGCGGCAAAACGUGUUCCAAUAAAGGCAUUCCUUCUUAACCAAGCCAAUAUUAGUGGAAUCGGAAAUUGGGUCGGCGAUGAGAUACUAUAUCAAGCCAAAAUUCAUCCUGAGCAGUAUACUAAUACUUUAACUUCAGAACAUCUGAAACAACUUCAUAAAUCCAUGUCAAAUGUUUGCCAGAUCGCAGUUGAUCAUCUGGCUGAUUCCUCUAAGUUUCCUGAUCAUUGGCUCUUUAAUUAUAGAUGGGGGAAAGGAAAGAAGGAUGCAGCGACAACCCUACCCAGUGGUGCGAAAAUUUCGUUUGUCACAGUAGGUGGUAGGACAAGCUGUAUCGUACCAAUCGUUCAAGUUAAAACCAAAAUUGCAAACAUUGAAUCAAUUAAGGCUGAAGAAGGUACAGUUAACAGGAAGAGAAAACGAACCGGGGCUACGGAACCCUUAGAAUACGAAAAAACUCUCACUGACAGCGACCAGACAUGUUCAGACACUGAGAAACACAGAAAGCGAAAAUCUAAACGCAUAAAAGCUCUGCCCAAAAAUAUUUCCAAUCUAAGAGAUUAA